GACUAGGGGAGUAGUGAGAUAAGGAGGGAGGUUCUAUGAAGUGUUGCUGCUGACCCCUGGGACUGAGCUGAACAGGGGCAUGUCAGAUAACCACAGGCUGGGUUUUCCCUCAGUUUUUGCAACGCCGUCGCCAGUCAGAAAAUGGGCUCGAAACUAACGCGGGGAGGCGGUGGUCUGGGUCCGCAGGACGAGCGCCCCAGGUCGGCGUCGCUGCAGGAAUUCCGCUCGGAGCCGCCUGCAGGCACAGGGCGGCGGGCAGAGCUGGCCCUCGCCUCGCUCAUCCUCAAACCCGAGCGGCUGCUUCCUCAGAAAGCGGCGCCCGCUCCGUACGUCCGCAGAGUCGGAUGGAUCCGGGAAAUCCAGGCGCUGCUCCGGGAACAGAGAGCCGAGCAGGCGGCCGGGCUGGUCAGACUGCUGCGUAAGGAUUUGGGCCUGGAAGGCUCCUCUCUGAAUGAAGUUCUCUAUAAACACACAGCCUUCCCAAAUCUGGUGGACCCCAUCUCCCAUGACUUGCUAAUGAGCUUGGCUCGUGACAUCCAGUGCCCAAAGAAGGAAGUGGAGCCCCUGAAAUCCUCCGAGAAACUUUGCCGACAGCUCAUCUACCACCUGACCCCACAUUCCAAGUGGCACAGGCAGACUGUGCCCAGGCAGAAGUCACAAGCCGGCUUAAAAGUUGCAUUGCAGAAAAAUCUCACCAGUGAUUCCCUGGAUCUAUCAGGAAUGCCACUCUCUUCCAGGGACAUUCACCGUGUGGCAUAUUACUUGCAGCUGAACCGAGACCAUCUGACUUCCAUCGAUUUAAGUUUCACCGAGUUGGCAGAUGAUAGCCUACGACUUUUGUUGCCCUUGCUAGCAACCCUUCCAAAACUAACCAACCUGGCACUGAAUGGGAACCGACUGACACGGCUCGUUGUCAAUGAAAUGACCGAGAUGAUGAAGGAGCCAAACAAGUAUCCUGCACUGUCCUGGAUUGACCUGGGGAACAACGCAGACAUCUGCUCCAUGCCCCAGCCUCUUCUGGUAGGGCUACGGCGGCGCUGCAGCCUACAAGGGGCACUUCCUACUAUCCAGGAGUACACAGAAGGACAGCCCAGUGACCAGGAGAUGGUGCCAGAGGAGGAGGUCACCCACUCAGAGCAGGAUGAAGAUGGUCACUGGCCCACAGUGCAAAGGGAAAUUGGUCCACAGGGCUGCUGCCAGAGAUGAUUGCGUGUCAGUGAGAGGUUUCGGUUUCGGUUUGUGUUCAGUAAAGGCGUACUCUAAACCUAGUUUGGGUUUCAGCCAGUUGUUAUACCCCUAGGCCAAAUGAAUUGCCAUUUAUUUGAAAGCCUAUCCCAGCAAAGUAUCUUUAUAGAUCCCGUAAAUUGUCCAAGAGUGAAUUUUAUAUCUCAUGAUCUUCAGUCUGGGUAUCAUUAGUCAGUGAAGCUGAUGAAACUUCUUCUUUCGUUGGCUGGUAGCGUCAACUCUUUAAAGAAACAAAACAAAAUGUUGACUUUUGUGCAAAAAUCUUCCAAACUUUCAGAAAGGAAGAUGCAAUGUCAAUAUGGUCUGGUACAUCACAACAAGAACAGAAAGCCGUUUGUCAGCUGUCCAAUGUGCUUGUGUUUUGGUCAUCACAAAACUAAUGACUUUGAAUAUUGACUGAGUGUGUUGUGUCGUGUAGAACUGUCACAUGGUUGGAGAAAUACUUUCCAGCUAAAAUUUUCAAGCACUGUAGAAUCCACAAAGACUCACUGUGAAAUAUAAAAAUACCCAUCAGAUAUAAAUCUGUCACGUGUAUGUUGUGUGAGUAUAUCUAUGUAAUUAUGUGUGCAUGUAUUGUGUAUGCAUGCAUGUUGUGUACGCGUACGUGUGCCUGCUCCUAUUUAAAUGUCGUGUUGGUAAUAUCUUCCAGUUCGAAUGAGGUGUCUGCAGUCUGAACUGCCAUGAUCACUACACAGAGACUGAAUCUAUCCAGAUCUAUCUUUUACUUGUUUCAGAUUUCUAGCAACUGCUGCUUGUUAGUUUUUCCAUGGAUGUCGACUGACUUGUACAUUUUGGCCAACUCUAAACUUUUGUACAUAUAACUGUAUUGUUCAUUUCAACUGUGAACAUAGAGAGCUCUGUUGUUCAUAUGCUGACAUCUGUGAUUCAACCUCACAAAAGUCUCUCCUAACUAUAUUUGACAAUUGUUUGUUCAUUUGUUUUCCCAUUUUCAGAAAAAGUUACUUUUUAUAUAUUUUUAAAAUCUUUCUUCUCUCACCUUAAAAAUAUGCCCCCUAGUCUUGAACUUGCCCACCCUAGGGAAAAGAUAUUCACCUUAUCUAUAUCCCUCAUGAUUUUAUAAAUGUCUAUGUGGUCACCCCACAACCUCCUAUACUCCAGUGUAAAAGGUCCUACCUACUGGCUUAGUUCUGCAAUUAUUUCUGUUUUAAGUAUCAUGAAUCCCUACAUGAUGGAGGCCAUUUGGCCCAUCAAAUCUGCACCGACCCUCCGAAGAGGGGCCAGCCCAGAUCCAGCCUCCCACCCUAUCUCCAUAACCCCAUAUUUAGUAUGGUCAAUCCAAUUAACCUACACAUCUUUGGACUGUAGGAAGAAACUGGAGUACCCAGAGGAAGCCCAUGCAGACAAAGGGAGAACGUGCAAUCUCCACACAGACAGUUAUAAAGCAUAGACACCGAUCCUUUGGUCCAACCAGUCCAUGCCAACCAUAAUCUCAAACUAAACUAGUCCUACCUGCCUAUGUUUGACUAACAUCUCUCCUUUCUUAUUCAUGUACUUAUUCUAAUAUUUUUUAAAUGUUGUAACUGAAACCACAUCCACCACUUCUCUGGCAGUUCAUUCCACAUACGAACCAUUCUGUGUGUAAAAAAAAAAAGUUACUGCUUAUAUCUUUUUAAAAUCUAUCUUCUCCCACCUUAAAAAUAUGCCCCAUAGUCUUGCACUUCUCCACCCCAGGGAAAAGAUAUUCACUUUAUAUUAUCUCUCAUGAUUUUAUAAAUGUCUAUAUUGUCACCCCUCAACCUCCUAUGCUCCAGUGUAAAAUGUCCUAGCCUACCAGCCCCUCAUUGUAACUCAAACCUCCAUUCCUGGCACCAUCCUAGUAAAUCUUUACACUUGGACCAGGGACCCUAGUGCUGUUAGACAACAGUACUAACCGCUAAACCACCAUGCCAUACCUAAAUUUAAACUUAGAUUUGUAAGUUUGCUGUCAACUCUACCAGUUCAGGUUUCCAACAGGUUUUUCCCAUAAUGGGAACACACUUUGGGAAUUGGAAUAAGAAUCAUAGAAAUCCACCUACAAAUUCUAUCGGAGAAAAACUGGGCCUUACAAAAUGAAAACAAUGUCACUAGAUGUGGAGAAAACCUUGAGUGAUACUUUUAGCUGAGAUAGUCGUAUGCUUCAUCUUGAGCAGUAGCUGACUUUGGGAAAAGAGAAAGAAGGAAAAAUUAGAGGAAUUAAUAUUUUUGGACAAGGGAAUGGUGCAGAAGCAGGAAAAUUGAGCUGAUAUUAUAAAUAGCCCAUAAUCAAUGGAAGGGCAGGCCAGGUCUGAGGUGCUGAAUGGUUAUCUCAUGAUUACUGUGGUCCUGUCCCAUCCUCCAACCAAAUACCUCUGCUUAAAAGCUACAGUAGAUGAGGUCAUUGGCCAAUAGACAGGUUCUUCUCAUCAACCACUUCUAUUUUUGUCCUAAUCCAUGUCUGUCGGCUCUCCCUCUCGAUAACCACAUUCAAAUGUCCUUGUGAAUGGUCACACAAGAGAUCAUUCUGAGAAAGCACUGACCAUGGGCUGCUGAUGAUUCCCCUGGUUCAGCUAGUAACACUGUCAGUGCUGAGUUCCAAGUUUCACAAGACGUCAAGGCUGCCAUAGUGGAGCAACUCUGAGGAAGAGUUAGAAACAUAGGAGCAGGAGUAGGCCACCCAGUCACUUGUGCCUCCCCUGCUAUUCAGUGAGACCGUGGAUGAUCUGUGACUGAACUGCAUAUGUCUGCCAUGGGCCUGUAUCUCAGUGCUAAAUAAAAAAUGUGUCUCUCAAAAGUUGACAGUUAAUUAGCAUUGACCACCAUUUGAGGGAGAGAAUUCUAAACUUCCACUACUCUUUGCAUGUAGCAGUCUAUUCUGACAUCUCUCCUGAAUGGCUUGGCCCUAAUUCUUAGACUAUGCCUCCUGGUUCUAGAAUCUUCAACCAGUGGAAAUAGUUUUAUGUUUAUCUACCUGUCUUUCUUUGUUUAUAUCCUGAAGACCUCAAUUAGAUUGUCCCUUAACCUUCUAAAUUGUAGACAAUAAAGGUCUAUUUUUUCCUUAUAACAUAACCCCUGAAGUCCAGGUAUCAUCCCUGUGUCGAACUCCCUCCAGGGUCAAAUCAUCCUCCCCAAGGUGUGGUGCCCAGAUCUGUUCCUCAUAGUACUCGAAGUGGGGUCUAACCUGGGUUUUGUAUAACUGUAGCAUGACAUCUGCAUCUUUAUACUCCACCCCUUAGAUAUGAAGGUCAGCAUUCCAUUAGCCUUCUUGACUAUUUUCUGCAUCUGUUUGUGGCGUUUUUAGAUUAGAUUACUUACAGUGUGGAAACAGGCCCUUCGGAAACAAGUCCACAUCGACCUGCCGAAGCACAACCCACUCCUAUCCCUACAUUUACUCCUUAUCUAACACUACAGGCAAUUUAGCAUGGCCAAUUCACCUGGCCCGCACAUCUUUGGACUGUGGGAGGAAACUGGAGCACCCGGAGGAAACCCAUGCAGACACAGGGAGAACGUGCAAACUCCACACAGUCAGUCGCCUGAGGCGGGAAUUGAACCCGGGUCUCUGGCGCUGUGAAGCAGCAGUGCUAACCACUGUGCUGUCCACACACCCACAAACUUCAUAGAUUUUAAAAAGCUAUGCACCUGAAACUCAAAUUUCAUUGGACAUCAACUACAUUUAACUUUGUGCCUUUUAAAAGUACCCUGAUCCAUCCUUUUUCAGUCCAAAAUGGA